AUGACCACUGGCACAGACACUGACACCUGCAUGGACACAAAUGCCGAUAAGAUCGGCAAGAUCUUCUGCGCCAGGAACAUCUCUAUCUAA